AACCAGAAUGCAAGAUGAUUAUUUGGGCCUUGGCCCACUGACAUCGCAGUCUUUAUGGCCCACUUAACGCCAGCUUUGGUUCCACCGGAACAUUCAAGAAAGAGCCCAGAACCUGAAAUGACCAAACCACCCUUCCUCUUCCGUUUCAAUUUGCCACGGAAUCAGAAUCAAACCAACCUUUCUCAUCCCGCCACAUAAUCGCACCUCACUAAUCUGAGUUCCACGAUGGCCGUAGCGGAGAAAGCCACUGACGUGUCAGGCAUUGCGGACGAAGACGACCUGGACGAGGAGCCCGGCGAGGUGAUCGAGUCGGCACCGCCUCUCAAAGUCGGCGAGGAGAGAGAAUUCGCCACCUACGGCCUGAAGAAGAAGCUCCUCAAGGCCGGAACCGGCUGGGAAACCCCGGAGUUCGGCGACGAAGCCACCGGUGAGUCCUACUUGCAAACUUUGCUUGAUGGAACGAAGUUCGAGUCUACGAGAGAGAGGGAGGAGCCGGUCACUGUUAAGAUCGGUGAGGGUGGAGUAGUGAAGGGGUUGGAGCAUGGUAUGGUCACUAUGAAGAAGGGAGAGAUUGCGUUGUUUACUGUGCCUGCUGAGCCGGCCUAUGGUGUUGGUGGCCGCGGCUGUGAUGUGCCGCCUAAUGCGGCUGUUCAGUUUGAGGUGGAGCUUAUUUCGUGGAUUAGAGUGGUGGAUUUGAGCAAAGACGGUGGGAUUGUGAAGAAAAUUUUGGAGAAAGGGAGGAGGAAUGAGAGUCCUGGUGAUUUGGAUGAAGUUCUUGUCAAGUAUCGGGUGGCGUUGGUUGAUGGCACCAUUGUUGCAGAAACACCAGAAGAAGGAAUUGAAUUCUACGUGAAAGAUGGUCAUUUUUGUCCAGCGUUGGCAAAAUCAAUCAGGACAAUGAAAAGGGGAGAGAAGGCCAGGUUAAUUGUUCAGCCUCAAUAUGCCUUUGGGGAGGAGGGGAGGGAUGCAAACAAUGGAUUUGAGUCUAUCCCACCAACUUCUGUGCUGAACAUUGAUAUUGAAUUGUUGUCUUUCAAGCCUGUUAUUGAUGUCACCGGUGAUGGCAAAGUAUUAAAGAAGAUUUUGAAGGAAGGGGAGAGUACAUCCAGUGCUCAUGAAGGUGCAACUGUUACUGUUAGCUAUAUAGCUAGGCUUGAAGAUGGUACUAUAUUUGAGAAAAGAGGAGUAGAUGGAAUGCAGCCUUUGGAAUUUAUCACAGAUGAAGAACAAGUGAUUGCUGGUUUUGACCAAGCAGUUGCUACAAUGAAAAUGGGAGAGCAGGCAAUAUUGACUAUACAUCCUGAUUUUGGAUUUGGAAGUGUUGAAAUAAGGCGGGACCUGGCUGUAGUUCCACCAUCUUCAAACAUUGUCUUUGAGGUUGAAAUGCUGGAUUUUAUCAAGGAAAGGGCACCAUGGGAAUUGAGCAAUCAUGAGAAAAUUGAGGCAGCGGGAAGGAAGAAAGAGGAAGGCAACCUUCUCUUUAAGAAGGGGAAGUAUCAUCGAGCGGGAAAGAAAUAUGAUAAGGCUGCUGAUUAUGUUAGUGAAGAUGUAAUCUUUGGGGAUGAUGAGUUAAAGCUAGCUAAAACAUUAAGAGUGUCUUGCUGGUUGAAUGGUGCAGCAUGUAGCCUAAAACUAAAUGACUUUCAGGAAGCAAUAAAACUAUGUUCAAAGGUUCUAGGUGUUGAGUUCCACAAUGUAAAAGCCUUGUACAGACGGGCACAAGCAUAUCUGGAAAUUUCAGAUUUGUUCUCGGCUGAACUGGACAUCAAGAAAGCUCUAGAGAUUGAUCCCCAGAAUAGGGAGGUCAAGUUGAUUGAGAAGAAACUGAAACAACUUCAAGCUGAAAGCAAUAAGAGGGAUGCUAAGCUCUACUCAAACAUCUUUGCAAAGAAAUUGAAAGUCGAGAAAGUGGAAAACGAGAAACAAGACGAAGCUGUGGCACUGGAAAUAGCUGCUGCUAAUACUCUGGCUUCUCCUUGUUCCGAUCGAAAGAGGAGUGAUUGUUGAUUGUUGUAAAAAUAUCUCAUCAUAUUGAUGAUUGAUGAAUUGUAUAUUUAUAUAUAGAUCUGUAGUUCAAUUUCAUCACAUGGUUCGUGGCUGAGGAUCGGGUCGGGUCCCUAGCGUUAGAUAGCCGUAGCUACAACCUCUCACGGUUGCGAGACCACUUCAUGGGGCAAACCACCUUCUCUGUUUUUGAUGAUGAGCAAAGGAAAAAUAUCCAGAACUAAAAUUAAAAAUUAUUUUACAUUUUAAAUAUCCCGUGUAUUAGCAUCCUCUCACAGCUCCCUGGUUAAGUUUCCAGGGACCUCUUCCUUUUGAACUUGAAACUGGAUAUGUCAAUGUACAUUGAUGUUUAAUAUACCCGUUAGCUU